CCCUCCCCGUUUCCUCAUGCUCUCCAUGCUCUCCUGUCCUUGAUUUUCCUCGCUCGGGCAUCCUUUUCCCAAUGAGAGUCGUGAAUCCCUUCCCGAUGACGCUGAUGCGCCCUACCAGACCCUCUCCCCCCCACCACCUGUCACCAUGGCGGACCCCACCGAUCUGAACCUGGAUGCCCCCAGUGAUCUUCAGGACAUUCCGGACAUGUCCAUGCAAUUGCUUCCCCCCCCGGAAGGUACCUAUCCUGAUAAAGCGACGCUUCUCGCUGCAGUGCAGGCGCACGGGAAGGCUCAUGGGUACAACGUUGUAGUCAAGUCGUCCAGCACCCCCACGGAGAAGAAACCGGGGCGGACGGCCAAGGUCUGGCUACGGUGUGAUCGCGGUGGCCACUAUCGCCCGCGGAACGGUCUCACUGAGGAGACCAGGAAGCGGCGGCGAACGUCCCGGUUGAUGGAUUGUCCGUUUAUGCUAGUUGCAGCUGGAACUCCUGGCAUUUGGACGCUGACGGUCCUGAACGCCACACACAACCAUGGCCCGAUUGUCGAGAAGCCUCGGCAGGUCCCUCAUCAUAAGGUCCGGAAGGGCCAGAUCGCAGCGGUGCCCUACGAUUGGCCGCACGAUGCGACGCUGACCCCCUAUACGACGGCGUUAGUAAUUAUAGACAUGCAGAAGGACUUCUGCGUGCCGGGUGGAUACAUGGAUAUUCAGGGCUACGACAUAUCCGCUAAUCAGGCACUAAUUCCGAAACUGCAGCACUUGCUCAGCACAUUCCGUUCUGCCGGGUUUCCCAUCUACCACACUCGUGAAGGCCAUCGACCCGAUCUGUCGACGCUGUCGAGCAGAGAGGCAUACCGGUCACGGAACAAUGCUGCGGGCAUGGGGAUCGGGUCUCCGGGGCCUCUGGGUCGCUUGCUAAUACGUGGCGAAGUGGGUCAUGACACCGUCGACGAACUGUACCCGAUCCACGGCGAGCCAGUGAUUGAUAAGCCAGGCCGGGGGGCAUUUGCUCAUACGGAAUUCGAACUCAUCCUCCGCAACCGGGGCAUCAAGAACCUGGUGCUGACGGGGGUGACGACAGAUGUAUGCGUUUCAACGACGAUGCGCGAGGCCAACGACCGGGGGUUCGACUGCGUGGUGCUUGAAGACGGCACGGCGGCCAGUGAGCCAUCCCUCCAUAUGAGCACGAUAGAGUCCGUCAAGAUGGAGGGCGGGAUCUUUGGGGCGGCAGCCAAGUUGGAGGAUGUGAUCCACGCGGUCGAGAACUUCAAAGCGGUGACCGUGAAGAAGCUGGCUCCACAGAUGGGAGUAUGAUUGCCCGAUUUAUGAUCUUUUUUGUUUCUUUCUCACUUCCCUCGCAGCGGUGACUUGGUGAAAUUGGCUUGCGCAUUAGCGGUUGCGAAUGAGCCGUAUAGAGGAGUCGAUUGGGACAGGAUAAUGACGACAUUUGAAUACGACUUAUGGAUUAUGCCUCAUGCUCUGGUAUCAUACUUAACCAAACAACGCCUCAAUUAGCCCUUAAGAACCAAAUCCCAUAAAAACGAAAUGAAGC